AAAAAAAAAAAAAAAAAAAAGAAAAAAAAAAAUCGCACAAGUAUAUAAAGGAGAGCCGUUAACCGCGGAUUCUCGCUUUCUUCCCUCCUGAAAUUUCCCCGUGUUGACUUUCUCCAUUUCUUUUCUCCUUUCAUCAUUUUUUGGACGAAUUUCCUCAAAAUUACAUAAUUUCCUUUUUUCGAUUAUUUUUUCCAUUUUUAUUUUAUAUUUCGCAGCUUCUCUAUUGUUCGUCUGUUGGAUGCUUUCUCUGUUCUGAUUACCCUUUUCUUCUCCGGGGAGGUUCUAAGAAGUGAAACAGUUGGAGAUGAGAUGAACAAAUUACUAAAACGGCUAAUCGUGUUAUUAGUGUACAAAAUCGAUUGGAGAAAACUGUUUGUUAUAUUAGCCAUUGUAACAAUACUGGGUAUUGUUCUUCAAAUUAGUCUCCUUCCAUUCCCACUAUGGCUUCAAUCUCCAUUAAUCAGAGUUUCAACUGCUAAGGAUUUGAGUAGUUCAUUGCAAUUAACCUUAACACAUGGAAAACAUUGGCCGUUGCGCCAAAUAUCGGUUCCUGUUCCAUUGAAUUCGUCGAGUGGUCUAACAAAGAGAGUACACAGUGUACAAAGGAGAAGAAAAAGGAGGAGAAAGCGGGAAGAUGAUUUUCAAGUUCCAAUACCACCACCUCCUCCUCCUCGAACUCCACCGACACCCUUGGAGAGACAUGUAUGGUCCUUAUCCCCUAAGGAAGCACUUUUGUAUGCUAAAAAGGAGUUGAAGAAUGCUCCAUUUGUUGCCAAUGAUUCUGAUCUGUAUGCACCUAUCUUUAAGAAUGUCUCUAUCUUCAAAAGGAGUUAUGAACUGAUGGAACUCAUACUUAAAGUAUAUGUUUAUCCGGAUGGAAGCCCACCAAUAUUUCAUGAACCACAUCUUAGCGGAAUUUAUGCGUCUGAGGGAUGGUUUAUGAAGUUGUUAGAAGGGAACAGGCAGUUUGUUACCAGAAACCCAGAAAAGGCUCACUUGUUCUAUCUGCCAUAUAGUGCUCGUCAACUUCAGCAAGCGAUUUACGUACAAGGAUCACAUAAUCUGGCCCCACUUUCUCUUUUCAUAAGAGACUAUGUGAACAUGCUGUCUGCAAAGUAUCCUUUCUGGAACCGCACUCAUGGAGCAGAUCACUUUCUAGUGGCUUGUCAUGAUUGGGGACCUUACACAUUAAAGGCGCAUGAGGAGUUAGUGAAGAACUCAAUAAAAGCAGUUUGUAAUGCUGAUUUAUCUGAAGGAAUUUUCAAGUUCGGAAAAGAUGUAUCCCUCCCCGAAACCACCAUAAGAAUGCCAAGGAGACCUCUUCGAAACAUUGGUGGUGGGAUGAGAGUAUCACAACGCCCAAUCCUAGCUUUCUUCGCUGGAAACAUGCAUGGAAGAGUUCGUCCUUUACUUCUCAAGCAUUGGCAUAACAAAGAUGAGUCUAUGCGGAUUUACGGACCUUUACCUCGUAGUGUGUCUAAGAAAAUGUCAUAUAUUCAACACAUGAAAUCUAGCAAGUUCUGCAUUUGUCCAAUGGGUUAUGAAGUUAACAGUCCAAGGAUAGUCGAGGCUAUAUACUAUGAAUGUGUUCCGGUAAUUAUAGCUGAUAAUUUUGUUCCUCCGUUUGAUGAUGUUCUUGAUUGGAGCGCCUUUUCUGUGAUAGUGGCUGAAAAGGAUAUUGCCAAGUUAAAGGAAAUUCUCGAGGGAAUUCCACUGAAUCGGUAUUUGAAAAUGCUUCAGAACUUGAAAAUGCUUCAGAGACAUUUCCUUUGGAAUUUGAGGCCGGUUAAGUAUGAUUUGUUCCAUGUGAUCUUGCAUUCAAUAUGGCUUAGCAGACUAAACCAGAUUCAAAUUCCUGAUUAGCAGAAGAUUAUGUGUGUUUUGCUGAUUCAGUUAUGCCAUGAAACAUUUGCUGUUAUACAUUGGGCGAAGAAUGUGUUCCUUUUCAGAGAAAGUGGGUGCAAAAAUUGUAAAUAUUGCAACUUCACUGCUCAUCUUUAUGCUGCUGCAAUGGCAUUUUGCUUCAACAUAGUUGAAAGUUUACAUCCACAGAAAAGGGAAGAUAACUUCUAUGCAAUUCAGACUGAACCUGCUACUUGAAAUUGCCGGUAACUCAUCAAUGUGGUCUUGAACUUCUAUGGACCUAUUGUUUUCUAAUAUUUGACAUAGCUUGAAGUUUUAUGAUGAUUCAUGCAUGAAGAUUUUGACAGAUGAUAUCUUGUUUUAUCAUUUGAGAUGCAGGAAUACCCAACAGAUACGUGACAAACAAGUCUUUCGAACAGGAUUAUACUGUAUCAUAGUAUAUGGAAACCAACUACGCAGGAAAAAGGUUUAUUUUUCAUUGCUUAAACUGCAUACAUCAAAGCAGUGCCAUAUUUGUUCAUUCAUUUCCUUACACUGAACAAAAGGAGUUCAGACUUCAGAACACCUUUCAGUACACAGUAGUUUUUUUUUUUUUUUUGAUAGGACAGUAUACAAUAGUUAAA